UGACUCAAUGCUGCUUUGGUUAAUCAGUAACCAGGAUGGGAGUAAUGCAACUGGCUGGGCCGGUUUAAAGUAAAGGAGCAGAGGAGCCAGGACCUCAUUCAGCACCUCACUCAGCAGCAGCAGACACACACGAAGGAAUCAUUUUAAGGUGACUACCAACAAAAGGUAAAAUGCGGUCGCCUCUUCUAGCCUUCCUACUCUGCUGCUACCUCUCAGGAAGCCAAGCCAACCGCGUCUACGUCCACCCCUUCUACCUCUUUGCCGCGGAGAAUGUCAGCUGCGAAACCCUGGACACCCAGACCUCCAAGCCUCUGGAGACACUUCCUGUGGCCCCCCUCGAUAUUGAAGUCCUCACACCAGACAGCAGGGACCCGUCGAAACUGGACACACAGAGGCAGAACAUCACAGUGAGGACGGCGGUCCUGGCAGAGCUGGUGAACUCUGUGGGCCUGAGGAUGUACCAGGCUGUCAGCAGUAAGCAGCAGAGCACCAACACCCUGUUCUCUCCAGUCAACACCUUUGGAUCCCUCGUCACCUUCUUCCUGGGGGCCUCCAAGAAGACUGCAAGCUCAUUCCAGCUUAUACUAGGCCUGAGCAGAAACACCGACCAAGAGGACUGCGUGUCCUUCGUGGAUGGACACAAGGUUCUCAAGACCCUGCAGGGCAUUAACUCUCUGGUGGACGACGGACCCAAAGAUGAAAUCACCACCCAGGUCUGGACCUUCAUUCGCCAGGACGCUCAGCUCUCCGAUGACUUUGUUCAAGGCACGCAGGAGUUCUCCGACACAUCGUUCAUCCGUGGCGUGGACUUCUCCAAACCUCAGGAGGCCGAGCAGCUGGUGAACAGCUUUGUGGAGAAGACAUCAGACGGGAGGGUGAAGGGCAUCUUCAAAGAUCUGAACUCCAGCAGCGACCUUCUGUUUGUUUCUUCCUUCAACUUCCAAGGCAACUGGAGGACAGCUUUUCAACCAGAGAAGACCUCCUUGCAGGAGUUUCAUGUGGAUGAAACAACCACAGUGAUGGCUGCAAUGAUGACCCACACGGGUCAGUACCACUACCUGAAUGAUAAGGUACGGCAGUGCACAGUUGUCAAGCUGUCUCUGAGCAAACGGUCUUAUAUGUUGCUGGUCCUGCCUCAUGAAGGCUCCAACCUCCACGACAUUGAGUCUAAGCUGCUCACUGGCGUCAUGUCUGAAUGGCGCCAGAGCUUCCAGGAAGGUCUGUUGGUGCUGUCCCUCCCAAAGUUCUCCAUGUCAUCUACGACUUAUAUGCGCGACUUGCUGACCAACAUGAAUCUGGAACUUGAGGCCAAGCUGUUGGGCUCUCAGGCUGAAUUCAGCCAACUCAGCAACAACAACCCUUUCACUAUCGAUAAGGCCGUCAACAAGGUGUCGUUUGAGAUGUCCGAAGAAGGCGCAGAACCCCAGGACAAGGUCCAGGAAGCGGGCGUCCCUCUGAAGCUGACCAUCAACCGGCCAUUCUUCUUUUCUGUCAUAGAGGGCUAUUCUAACGCCAUCCUCAUGCUGGGAAAGAUCACCAAUCCCACACUGUAAAGUUAUAUAGAACUCAAAACCUCAUCAAGAUCAUGAUCUUGUUUUCCAGCUAAAAAAAAUGACCACAACACAUGAGGAAUGAAGCACAACCUUGCUCAAGAAGGACCCAGCUGAUCUCUCCUCAAACUCAGGAGUCACUGGGGAUCCCUGUCUCAGUAUUUAUGACAAGCUUUUACUUUAUGCCGAGUUGUUUUUAAGGAGCCUGUUAAAAAUCCUAAUUUGUUUUUCUUCUGUAAAAUGUAUUAUAGCAGAAUUCUGUAAGGUAUUUUGUAGUAGAGUAGGUACAGUAACCACGAUUCUAUGAUGAAUGACUAAUACAUUGUAUAUUGUAACUAAGAGUAUAUUUUUGUUUUGUUAACAUUUGUAAUUGCUGAAAUAAAACUCGUUUCCCAAUAUA